UUCUCUCAGUGUGUAUGGAGCAGUGUGAGAAUGCCGCAUCUCUCCUGGCCUCCGUGCGAGAGCAAGAGAUGCAGUUUGAGCGUCUGACUCGAGCUCUGGAGGAGGAGAGGAGGAGCGUGGGGCCGUCCGGUACCCUACCCCGCCCCCUCCCCACCCUGCAGAACGGCCGGAUUACUGGUGAUGCGGAGUUAGAACGGCUCAAAUUGAGUGAGGGAUACAUAAACGGGACCCAGUACAGGAUGUUGGACCCUGGUCAUAUUGUUGAGUCUGUCACAGUUGAGGAGGACCCUCAUGAGGCGCUGCCUAUUAUUUCAGUCGAAACUGGUGACGAUGGCACCACACGUCGCACCGAGACCACAGUAAAGAAGGUCACAAAGACAACCACCACACGAACAGUCAUUCCCUCAGUCUCUGACACACUUUCCCUGGAUGGCACCGGUUCAGUCACUGGGAUGCCCAGUUAUAAUAGCCCAAUGGACCGUGUGUACAGGCCUCCGCCUGGACCAAUGGAUUACCCCACCUCUACUGUCCCACGUAACUACCACUAUGGACCACCAGGCGGGUAUGAUGAUUACCGAAGCGUCCCUCCAUCUGAAGCCUACACCAGCCUCAGCCGAGGGACCCGCAUGGAUGACCGCUACAGACCUGUGGAUGGCUACCGCACGCUGGACUCUGCCUACCGCACACACAGCCGCCCACAGUUGGACCCGUAUUCAGCCCAGCCGCAGGUAGGGCGUAUGGGCAGUGCAGUGGAGAUCUCUGGCCUGCAGCGCUUUGUCCCGGAGCCCUACGGCCUGGAGGAUGAUCAGAGGAGCCUGGGAUACGACGAGCCUGAUUAUGGCAUGGGGCCAGCCAUGCAUUACAGCACAAUGCCCCGGUUGGCACAUGCACACCAUGGCCCACCUCCACGCCGGACAGGCUCAUAUGAGGGCACGCUGGAUGGUGACAUGAGUGGUGCGGGUGACAUGUAUUAUUGGGGUGGAGGAGCUCCGCUGGCACAGGGAGAGAGAGGCAGCAUGGCAUCGUUGGACAGCACCCUUCGUAAAGGCCCUGCACCCACAGCAUGGAGGCAACCCGAGCUGCCUGAAGUCAUUGCUAUGCUUAACUACCGCCUGGACCCUGUUAAAAGCAACGCCGCAGCUUAUUUGCAACAUCUCACUUUCAAGAAUGAUAAGGUGAAGUCAGAAGUUAGACGACUGAAGGGUAUCCCUGCCUUGGUGUCCAUGUUGGAUAACCCAAAGAAGGAGGUGCAUUAUGCUGCAUGCGGAGCCCUCAAGAACAUCUCGUAUGGCCGGGAUCCAGAUAACAAGAUAGCCAUCAAGAACUGUGACGGCAUUCCUGCGCUGGUGCGGCUACUGAGGAAGACCAGAGAUCAGGACCUUACAGACACUAUAACUGGCACGCUGUGGAACCUGUCAUCUCAUGACUCGGUAAAGAUGGAGAUCGUGGACCAUGCACUGCACGCCCUGUCUGAUGAGGUGAUGGUCCCACACUCGGGCUGGGAGAGGGGGAACCAAGGCGGAGAGGAGAGCUGCAAACCCAGACACCUGGAGUGGGAGACAGCGCUCACCAACACCACCGGCUGCUUAAGGAAUGUGAGCUCGGAGAGGAGCGAGGCCAGGAGGAAGCUGAGGGAGUGCUCCGGACUGGUGGACUCUCUCAUGUACAUCGUCCAGUCGCAGAUCAACUGCAAAGAUGUGGACAACAAGCUGAUCGAGAACAGCGUGUGUCUGCUGAGGAAUCUGUCCUAUCAGGUGCAUCGGGAGAUCCCCGGCUGCGAGCGAUAUCUGGAGUCCACUCCUGUCAAUCAAGGCCCCCUCCCUUCCCAAAAGGGCGGCUGCUUCAGCUCCCGAAAGGGCAAAGACGAGUGGUUUUCCAAAGGAAAACGAGAGGAUGAUGGGACUUCAGAUACGAUUGACAUUCCAAAGAGAACCACACCAGCCAAAGGAUAUGAAUUGCUGUUCCAGCCAGAGGUAGUGCGCGUGUACACGUCUCUCCUGAAAGAGAGUAAGAACCCAUCGGUUCUAGAAGCCGCCGCAGGGGCCGUGCAGAAUCUGUGUGCAGGCCGCUGGUCUUAUGGGCGCUACAUCAGAGCAACGAUGAGACAGGAGCACGGCCUGCCAAUGAUGACUGAGCUGCUGUCUCACGGGAACGACCGUGUUGUCCGAGCCAUGUCUGGAGCGCUGAGGAACCUGGCCAUCGAUGCUCGCAACCGUGAGCUACUAGGGAAGCAUACGGUGCCUAACUUGGUAGCGAAUCUGCCAGGCGGAGGUCAGAGUCAACCUGUGCGUGCACUCUCAGAGGAGACGGUGGUGUCUGUUCUCAGCACCAUGGCGGAGGUGGUCGGGUCCAGUGUGGACGCUGCCAAAACCCUGCGCAGCUCCCAGGGCAUCGAAAGGCUGGUGCUCAUCAACAAAGACAGCAACCGUUCGGAUCGUGAGGUGCGGGGUGCAGGCCUGGUGCUGCAGAUCGUGUGGAGCUUCAAGGAGCUCCGCCGCACACUGGAAAAGGACGGCUGGAAGAAAACCGACUUCAUGGUGAACCUGAACCCGCCAAACAACACCCGCAGCAACGGGGGCUACGAGGAGAGCACCCUGCCGCUAAUAGACAGGGGGGGCAAACAAGACAGAGACAAAGACAUGAUUCCUCUUAAUGACAUUGGACCAGACGCUUACUCUACAAUAGACCAGCGAGGGCGGAGAAACACUUUAGAUGACACUCUGGACCGCUCAGACAGAGACGCACCUCAGGGAGGAAUGUAUGGGGAGAGGCGGGGCUCUUUGCCUCUGUUGGACUCUUAUGAUGGUUAGGCUCCUCCCCUUCACUCAGUGCAUGAGCAGGCAUGAAAAUCUGAUCGUGUGCAUCACCCGCCGUGAGUUUCCUCCUCCUGCUUACUGUCCCUGCUGAGCCUCUGAUCUCAUCACUUACGGGACCAUCGCCACUAAAAUUACAGCCCGCCCUUCAGUAGCCACUCUCCAUGAGAUCAAUGUGAUUCUUGAGAAACAUAAACAGCCACUACUUCUAAUGGACACUACAAUCAAACUUUGGUUUUUGGUUCAUAUACCACUUUUAUUUUUAGAUUUUGAGUUUGUUUUGGUCAAAUAACACAAACACUAUUGACAGAAAAGUCUGUUCAGUCGCAUCCCCAACUUAUCAAAUCUUUUUUUAUUUUCGUCGUCUAUUAGAACACUAGUAUAAUACGCCGUUGAUUUCUUUAGCUUCUUUCUGCUUCGUGGUUCACAUUUGAUGUAUAAACUAAAAUGUUAAUGCCAAAUCGCAUCAUUCAUACAUGUGGCCUGAAGAAAAUAAUGUAUAUAGGAUAUCUCGGUAAGUUUUAUGUCUUGAUGCAUUGCAACGGGCCUAUUUUUUUUGGUAAGAGCACUAAAAGACCACCAAUUCCCCUUAAGUUAUGCAUAAUUUUAAUUUUUGUGUGGGUGGUCUUAUGGAGUGUUCAGUCUUAUUAGAAGGGGUUGUGAAAGCAUUAAAAAAGAGGCAGAGGGAUAUUUACUUCAAAAAGGUAGCAUUCAAGAUCUUUUGGCAGUUCUGUUCUUUGGAAGUCUUGUCUCUCAAAUCUAGUGGCAAAUUUGCAAAGCAUUCCAGAGUGGGAGAGCUAUUUUUUUAUUAAAUACAUUGCUUUUUCACUUCAAAAUUGGCCAUUUGUUUAUUUCUGUGUACAAAAAAAGGAGUUCUGCCCCUUUCGUUUUAAUAAACGCAGCAACCGAGGAGGUUUAAAAGCGCAGUCCCACUUUCGAUACUUUGUAAAUCGACCUUACAGUUGGACCCGGUGUUUUGUUUUUGUCUGAAUAUAAAUGAAUGUGUAAAUAUGAGCGCGUCUCACAAAUCCCACUCUGCAUAAAUGCAGUGCCUCGUUUGCUCAGCGUGUUCGUGAUGAGGGACGUUCGGCCACCUUCUGCCUCUCGGUUCCAGUGCCUGUCUGUGUAGAGAGUGAACGAGUGUACAUUUGAGGAUGUAUAUGCAUUGUUUCCUUUUUGUUUUGUUCGUUUCUGAGAUCCGCAAGUACAGUGCUCGUUUCUUAGACUGCAUAUUCGAAUGCACAGUAAGUCUGCUGUAGAUAUUUACUGAAUAGAAACUUUAGCACUAGGGGGUCAAUGGAUGAUUUUAUUUUUAUUUUUUUUUUUUAGCAGGAUUUUUCCACUUCUCAUGGCUUUUUAAUUCCAGUCUGCCAAUCUGAAAUCCAAGCCUUUUAAAAUGUUAGGUUGGAUAAAUAAAUAUGAGCAUCUUGAGGAUUGAGUUAAUUGUUCAGUGUUGAGCGAGGCAGAUAAACGAAUCUUUUAAUUACUGGAAAAACACACACUCACAGCGUCUCUUUCAGGCGGGAUUUAGCGAGAGCUCACAUUUUGAUUCUACCUUGAUGAGAAAAUGAUAGAUAAAAGCACAUUUAAACUAUAUAUACAAGAGAAUAUUUGUUAUUUUAAUUAAUUUUUUCCUUUUCUGUUUUUUUAUGGCUCUUUCGUUUCUAUAUUUUAUGAUUUUGGGGCUGAUUUUGUUUGUUUUUUUGUUUUCCUUCGGGUGUUGUGGGUGAAUGCAUAUGCAAUCAGUUUUAUUUUUUAAAUAAAUGCAUUUACGGUUUAUAUCUUUUAAUUAAAGACGAAAGGAAAAAAAAAAUCUGUGUCGUGCUGUCAGUUGACAUGCUGUUUCUCUGCAACACUAACAAGUGGGUAUUGAUUCAUAUUUCCCAUAUUUCAACACUUUACCUUUGGUCUUAAACAUUGCACCUUUCUCUCAUGGAUUGAACUGUAACUUAGCAAUACUGUUUUGUUUUUUUUUAAUAAAAGGAUGAUUUUUUUUUCAAGGUUCUGACAGAA